CCCACCUUACGGUUUGGUACAGACCCUGAUGUCUCUUUCUUACAAAUACCCAUUUCCAUACUCUGUCUCCUUCACCCUCUCCUUCCUCUUUUCAGCAAUGGCGGGUUUUGGUUCACUCGGUGUCGACGAGAACCGCCCUCCUACCCGGCAGUCUGUGGAGAAGGUAUGCCGGGUUUGCGGUGACGAGAUUGGGUACAAGGAGGACGGCGAGUUGUUCGUGGCGUGCCACGUAUGUGGGUUUCCGGUUUGCCGGCCUUGUUAUGAGUACGAGCGGAGUGACGGUAACCAGUGCUGCCCUCAAUGCAAUACUCGCUACAAGCGACGCAAAGGUUCUCCAAAAGUUGCAGGGGAUGAGGAAGAGAACUUUGAUCAAGAUGAUUUUGAUGAUGAAUUUCAAAUUAAGAAGAACCAUGAUGAAUCUAUUCAUCAACAUAAUGCUAAUCAAUCGGAGAAUGGAGAAUAUAAUCAACAACAUCCCAAUGGUCAAGCCUUCUCAAUUGCAGGAAGCACUGCUGGGAAGGAUUUUGAAGCUGAAAAGGAGAUAUAUGGAAGUGCAGAGUGGAAGGAGAGAGUGGAGAAAUGGAAAGUAAAGCAAGAGAAGAGAGGUUUAGUGAGCAAAGAUGAUGGAGGAAAUCAUGACCAAGGAGAUGAAGAUGAUUUCCUAAUGGCCGAAGCUCGGCAGCCUCUAUGGCGGAAGGUGCCAAUACCCUCCAGCCUAAUCAGCCCUUACCGGAUAGUGAUUAUCCUCCGCCUCUUCAUCCUUGCCUUCUUCCUCCGUUUCCGGAUACUAACACCAGCCUAUGAUGCCUUCCCUCUCUGGCUCAUCUCUGUCAUAUGUGAAAUUUGGUUUGCUCUCUCCUGGAUACUUGACCAGUUCCCCAAAUGGUUUCCUAUUACCCGUGAAACUUACCUUGAUCGCCUUUCCAUGAGGUUUGAGCGUGAAGGGGAGCCUGACCGUCUGGCACCUGUUGACUUCUUUGUGAGUACCGUUGAUCCCCUCAAGGAACCACCCAUCAUAACAGCCAAUACAGUGUUAUCAAUCUUGUCUGUUGAUUAUCCUGUUGAUAAGGUAAGUUGUUAUGUAUCGGAUGAUGGCGCAUCGAUGCUUUUGUUCGAUACACUGUCAGAAACUGCUGAGUUUGCAAGAAGAUGGGUACCAUUUUGCAAGAGGCACAACAUUGAACCCAGGGCUCCUGAGUUUUAUUUCUCUGAGAAGAUCGAUUACUUGAAAGACAAGGUGCAUCCCAACUUUGUAAAGGAACGGAGAGCCAUGAAAAGAGAAUAUGAAGAAUUCAAAGUGAGGGUUAAUGCAUUGGUAGCAAAGGCUCAGAAGAAACCAGAAGAAGGAUGGGUGAUGCAGGAUGGUACUCCAUGGCCUGGAAACAACACUCGUGAUCAUCCUGGAAUGAUUCAGGUGUAUCUAGGAAGUGAAGGUGCACUUGAUGUAGAAGGAAAGGAGCUGCCUCGACUUGUUUAUGUUUCUCGUGAGAAAAGGCCUGGCUAUCAACACCACAAGAAAGCUGGUGCCAUGAAUGCCCUUGUUCGAGUCUCUGCAGUGCUUACUAAUGCACCCUUCAUGUUGAAUCUGGAUUGUGAUCACUAUAUCAACAAUAGUAAGGCUGCAAGGGAAGCCAUGUGCUUCUUAAUGGAUCCUCAAUUUGGAAAGAAGCUCUGCUAUGUUCAGUUUCCACAGAGGUUUGAUGGUAUUGAUCACCAUGAUAGAUAUGCUAACAGAAACAUUGUGUUCUUUGAUAUUAACAUGUUGGGCCUAGAUGGAAUUCAAGGCCCUGUGUAUGUAGGCACAGGGUGUGUCUUCAAUAGGCAGGCACUAUAUGGAUAUGAUCCACCAGUAUCUGAGAAGAGGCCAAAGAUGACAUGUGAUUGCUGGCCUUCAUGGUGUUGCUGCUGCUGUGGAGGACCAAGGAAAAAGUCCAAGAAGAAAGGAGAAAGAAAAGGCUUACUUGGGGGACUAUUAUACAGCAAGAAGAAGAAAAUGAUGGGGAAGAACUAUAUGCGAAAAGGGUCUGCACCCAUCUUUGAUCUUGAAGAGAUUGAAGAAGGGCUUGAAGGAUAUGAAGAACUAGAGAAAUCAUCAUUAAUGUCCCAGAAAAACUUCAAGAAGAGGUUUGGUCAAUCUCCUGUCUUCAUUGCUUCAACAUUGAUGGAAAAUGGUGGCCUUCCUGAAGGGACUAAUACUACUUCACUUGUUAAAGAGGCCAUUCAUGUUAUUAGCUGUGGCUAUGAGGAGAAAACUGAAUGGGGCAAAGAGAUUGGAUGGAUUUAUGGUUCAGUCACAGAAGAUAUCUUGACUGGUUUCAAGAUGCACUGCAGAGGAUGGAAGUCAGUUUACUGCACACCAAAGAGAGCAGCAUUCAAGGGAUCAGCCCCAAUCAAUCUGUCAGAUCGGUUGCACCAAGUUCUACGGUGGGCUCUUGGUUCUGUGGAGAUCUUCCUUAGUCGUCACUGCCCUCUUUGGUAUGGUUAUGGAGGAAAAUUGAAAUGGCUAGAGAGGCUUGCAUACACCAAUACCAUUGUUUACCCUUUCACUUCCAUUCCUUUACUUGCCUACUGCAUCCUUCCAGCUGUUUGCCUUCUCACUGGAAAAUUCAUCAUUCCAACUCUGAAUAAUCUUGCAGCUGUAUGGUUCUUGGCACUUUUCAUGUCCAUCAUAGCAACAGGGGUGCUUGAACUGCGGUGGAGCGGAGUUAGCAUUCAAGAUUGGUGGCGGAAUGAGCAAUUCUGGGUGAUUGGAGGUGUAUCUGCCCAUCUGUUUGCUGUUUUCCAAGGCCUUCUCAAAGUCCUUGCUGGGGUUGACACCAAUUUCACUGUGACAGCAAAAGCAGCAGAUGACACUGAGUUUGGAGAGCUUUACCUCUUCAAAUGGACCACCCUCCUCAUCCCGCCAACCACUCUAAUCAUAUUGAACAUGGUGGGAGUUGUGGCUGGAGUUUCUGAUGCCAUCAACAAUGGUUAUGGCUCAUGGGGUCCCUUAUUCGGGAAGCUCUUCUUUGCCUUCUGGGUCAUUCUUCAUCUGUAUCCCUUCCUCAAAGGUCUGAUGGGAAGGCAAAACAGAACCCCUACCAUUGUUGUCCUCUGGUCUGUUCUUCUUGCGUCGAUUUUCUCUCUAAUUUGGGUUCGGAUUGAUCCUUUCCUGCCAAAGCAAACAGGUCCGAUCCUCAAACAAUGCGGAGUAGAGUGCUGACUGAUGCUUUCUGGUCUCUGUUUCGUGCCACUUUUUGAUUACCUUGUUUCUCCAAACACUUUGAAACCUAUUAAUAGGAUUGAUGUAUGUUUAUAUUCUGUAAGAAUUUGAUGUUAAUGAGAGAAAAGGAUACAAAUUUGUAGAAGUGAAUAUAAUAAAAAUAAUAAAAAAGUAUAAUUUGA